CCCCAUAUUCCCCCCCUCCCCUCUGGUUCGCUCCUUUCCCUUCCCCACGACCGGCCGCCUUGCCCGCCCGCAGCAGACGAGGACGAGGGGGUGGAGAGCGGCAGUAGCGGCCGGGGCAGGAGGCGGCGGCGGCGGGAGAGGCUUCAGCCAUGGCCUCGGGCGACACCCUCUACAUCGCCACGGACGGCUCGGAGAUGCCGGCCGAGAUCGUGGAGCUGCACGAGAUUGAGGUGGAGACCAUCCCCGUGGAGACCAUCGAGACCACCGUGGUGGGCGAGGAGGAGGACGAUGAGGAGGAUGACGAGGACGGCGCGGGAGGCGGCGGCGGGGGGGGCGGCGGCCACAGCGGUCACCACCACCACCACCACCACCAUCACCACCACCACCACCACCCGCCUAUGAUUGCCCUGCAGCCGCUCGUCACUGACGACCCCAGCCAGGUCCACCACCACCAGGAGGUGAUCCUGGUGCAGACCCGUGAGGAGGUGGUGGGCGGCGACGAUUCGGACGGCCUGCGGGCCGAGGACGGCUUCGAGGACCAGAUCCUUAUCCCUGUGCCCGCGCCGGCCGGCGGCGAGGAGGACUACAUCGAGCAGACGUUGGUCACGGCCGCGGCGGCCGGCAAGAGCGGCGGCGGCUCGUCGUCGUCGGGCGGCGGCCGGAUGAAGAAGGGCGGUGGUGGGGGCAAGAAGAGCGGCAAGAAGAGUUACCUGAGCGGCGGUGGCGGAGGGGCAGGCGGCGGCGGAGGAGUCGGCGGGGCUGAGCCGAGCGGCAGGAAGUGGGAGCAGAAGCAGGUGCAGAUCAAGACCCUGGAGGGGGAGUUCUCCGUCACCAUGUGGGCCUCAGGUGAGCGGCGCCGUGCCGAGGCAGGCGAGGGGGGACCGGACGCGGCUGGGGCGACAUGUCCCCGGCUCUCCCAGCCCCGGGUAUGUUUUUGUUUUGAAGGGAAGCCAUGUUUUAUGUGUGUGAUGGGCGCCGCCAUCUUCUUCGCCAGGGCAAGUAUGGCGGCCCCAAAAGAUGGCGGGGCCUGUGCGGCGGCGGGGGCAGCGGGGCUGCUGGGACCCGUCCGGGGGGAAAGGAAGAUGGCGGCGCUGGUGGUGUGGAGGGAAC